AGGAUAGAUAGCCACUGUGAAAUGCAGAGGCCGAAAGUGUAAAACGCUUUACACACAUUAGGUGAUUUUUCUUUAAAUAAAGGACAAACUAUGCUUUCUCUAUCAAUAUUAGACCACGUGCGCUUUAAAAACAGAAAAGGAAACUUUGUAACAGCGCUUCCAGUGUCUGUCGAGUUUUUCAAACUCCUAAAAGAAGAGAAAAAUUCUCGAAAUUCGAAUGUUACCAGCGAAUGGAAAAAGUAUACAUCUAACAGCAGACUAGAUGAGGACCAGGUGACGCCUCUUUCCGAUUUACUACACGCAACAGUAGCUUUGUACAUUACUUCAUUGCCGAAAGUGACGUCAGCAUCUCUUUACAAAACAGUAUGUGGAGAAGGGGCUCGUACCUUAAUUUUACUUCGUGAUAAACGGGAAACUUUUCAGGAGAUGGAGAACCAUGGAAUCAGUAAUUUAUUGUUAAAUAGAAGUCAAAUCUCAAGAGCAGCUCCUGGAGAGAUCAACAACAAUCCGAUUCUAACAAGUCAACUUACGAAAACUUCUGUUUCUGCGGAGAAAAAGCGGCCCCUAAGGGAAGAUAGAAAAAAUAACUCGGUCGACCAGCUGGAAGAAUUCAGCGGUAGUAAUAGUGACGAUCCUUCUGUGUUACUUAACCCACACAAAGAUUACAACUCUAUAAUCAGUUGGAUGUCACUUAACGAAUUCCCUGGCGGCCGUGCAUACGAUAAGAAACUACAAGGAGACUUUCGGCUUAGUCAGAUCAGCACACCAUCUACAUGUGAAAGUGUGAAACUUCCAAAUUCAGGUUUGAACACUCCAUGCGAAAGUCCCUUUUUCGAUGUCUUUAGUGACUCAGAAGACGGAACAGAUUCUAAUAGUGAAAUAGAAGAAGAGGAGGAUCUCGACGAUUUCUCACGUGGACUUCAAGUGUUUUUGAAAGCUGCAGCACUUAGAAAACGUGGAAGACGAGCCGGAUCUAUAGAUAUCACUCAAGUUGGGAUGGAAAAUAGAGUCAUGGCUGCAGCAACUUUUCAGAAAAAUUAUAGAAUACCAGGGUCAAAAGUGGUGUCUUUGAUUUUGUUGUCAGUUCGGAAGAAAUUCAGAAAAUGUGGUUUAGGUAACUUUCUUCUCGAGAAACUAAAAAGUCCUUCGGUGGUUGGUCCUUAUGAUGCUUUGGUAGUUAGGGCUAACAACUCGACAGUGCAAUUCUUCAUUAAGAAUGGUUUCACUGAUGAUAUCAUACUCAACAGCAAGUUCAGGGAAGUGGAUGAAUCCUGGAAUGAUUGUACAUUGAUGACUUACCUCCCGCCUUUUGAUGGUCACUACCCUUCUCUCCCUGGGACAACAGAAUGGGACAGACCCGAAGCUCUGGCAGCCAUGGAAGAUGAAAUUGAAAAGUGGAAACAGAAAAGCUUAGAAGCAUAUCAAGCCCAGGUUACCUGCCUAACUAGGCUCCAACAAGAAGUUCUACGGUUACACGAGUUGUUGAAAACUCAACAAAUGACCAUCCAUACUCUCAAGACGGAGAACAAACGACUACAAAGCAAACUGAAGAAUGUAGAGAGAAGAUCCACACAGGAGUUAAUAACUAGUAUGGAGCAGAAGGCUGCAGAUUUUGAGAGGGUUUAUGCCCAGCACUUCCAUAUGAAAGAAACUUGAACACAACAUUGUGACAGCCUUGGAAUAGAACAAGUAAGACACAUAAUGUCUAAUUGUGUCAGAAACUAGGAACAUAUAUUCAGAAUGUUUACAUUUUCAAAUACUUUACUACAAAAAUAGAAGUUUUUUUUCUCAUUUUUUUUGCUUAUGUACAAGUGUUGUUAUUAAACAGAAGAGAUGUAUUUUGGUAGUAAAAGAGUUAAAUUCAAUUCUUAACUUGAUUUUAAAGCCAGAGUUAGGAGGGAUGGGAAAGCUUUCAAGAUGGAAAUUAGAUUUGGACAUUUUUAAACAGAAUUUUUUAAAUUUAUAUCUGCAUAAGUUGCUGUCUCAGGAUUAAUAUUUUUGAGAACUGGAUAAUUUUCAAACUCAGUUGCAAAUAGAAAAAUUGCACACAGCUCCCAGUAAUAAAAAUCUCAAGUUAUAUUUUUAUCAAAAUCCACCAUUGUACAAGUAAACUGUAAAAAAAGUUAUGUGAAAUGACCAGAUCACAUGAUUUACUAGAUACUACAAUAAUCUUAAAGUUUUAGAUUAAACUAAUUUACUUGUGCUUAAAUAAACAGCAUGAAAUUUUAAAAGUAACCUUCUCUCUACAAUGCCUGUCUCAAAAAAAAAGGAAGAUAAAAUUGUUAGUCCACAGAAAUUUUGAGGUGGAAGUGAUAAGUAGUAAAGUGAGAAUGCUAAAGAUUGUAUUAUUUGUUAAAAAUAUUUAAUAUUUUCUUUAUCAUCAACCUGUACCAUUUACUUUACAUAUGAAUUUUUUCACAGUAACAUGGUUUUUGAUUUUUCAAAAGUAUGUUUGUUAUAAAUGUAUGUUAACACUUUUGAACACUAA